AUGGGAGUUUUUGACCUUUUCCGGUCAAAGGGCUUUGACCCAGACACUUAUGAGCGCGAACUCACCGCAUUGAACAAGGAAAUCAACUCGAUUCUGAUCCAGAAACGUCGCAUCGACCAGCAACGAAAACUGGUGGUUUUCAAAGUCAGAUUUAUGGCCUCAGUUCUGUAUUUAUUGAUCAUGUAUUACAAUUAUUUCAUGGCACCACCUACUAUGGGCAAGAACUUCAUCCAGCGGUUUGUGAGGAGUCAAACGAAAUACCAAUUGCUAUUUUAUAUAGUGUAUCCAGUGGUUGGAUAUGCUGUAAUUCGAGCUUUGAUUUUCUUCUACACUUAUUUAUACAAAAAGAAGGAAAAGCAACUUGAUACGUUGCGGAAAAAGCUCAAGAAGAAGAUUGACGACUUGAAAAAAAUCACCAAUUUCGAAACAACCAAUAAUCUCUUGACCAAAUUUGGCACAGUAGUAGGUGAUGGAACCACUUCUGGUGCUAAUCUGGUAUCCACACAAGCCAAAAACCGUAAGCAAGGAACAAAGGCAGCUCCAAUGAAUGCCCCUGUCACAAAUAAGGGUCCAUUGAAUGCCGUAAAUGACCCCAAAAAUACCCUCGGAAAAGGACCCGGAAAUGGCCUCGGAAACCGUCUCGGAGACGGCCCCAUCCUUCCUCCCACUUCUCCUUUGGGAUCACUGUCAGGUAAACUGUCAGCACGACCGGUUUCGGAUCGAUUGCUAGAUCUACUUAUUGGAUCUGAUAACAAUGAGUCUGUGGAGGACCGAUAUGCCUUGAUAUGUCGCAAUUGCUUCUCCCACAAUGGCCUCGCACCUCCAGGAAGCAAGGAUCCAUUCAGCGUGGUUUAUUUGUGCCCAAAGUGUGGGUUUAUCAAUGGUGAUGAAAAGAAAGUGAAUCACCUCAAGGGCAUGGAGAAAGACGACAAAGAAAUGGAACAAGAAAAGGUUUCUUUGGAAGAAAAGGUUGAAGAAAAAGGUGUUCUGGAAGAAAAAGCUGAUCAGCAGGACGAAGCUAGCUCUAAAAUUGAAUCUAGCAUGUCUUUCCCAGAAGAAGUCAGCAAGCACCUGGAAAAGGCAGCAUCCACUGCAUCAGAGAAACUCUCAUGA